CAAGGUCCUCCAUGUCUCUUCAAUGAUUGCUUUGUUUUAUGAGAGAAAGCGCCUGUCAUUUCCAGCCACUGCAGGACCUGGCCCGCCCGGCAGCGCGUAUUGCUCGGUGCCCAAAGUCAAAUGCUUCAGGAGCGGAUAUGUUGCGCUGUUCUUGUUAUGCGUGAUAGCCGACGGAACUGUCGAUCUAGCUCUAUUUUGGUGGUACAGAACCAUCCACUGCUUGCGUUUCACCGCGCUCUCCUCAGGCUGCAGCACAGUUGCAACGUAGCGUCCGGCUAUACAUGCUCGCUAUACGGAGUACCACCAUGUCUUGACUUUUUGUGGAGUUGCAUGUCAAAAGGAGUCUGCCAACCUGGAAGUGUGCCCGACACACUUCGGUAUCGCUAUGGGAGGGGGCCUCUUUCGUAACCAUCAAGGUAUCAACUCGUCAUUCGUCCACGACAUUAGCGUUUCGGUGUUCUGCAUUGAAGAUCUCAACGCCACAAAAGUCCUUGUCUCAUACGAGGCCGUGGCCGGCCUUCGAAUCAUCCACGGCAAGACGCCGCCGCUCCCGAACUUCGGUCUGAUCCCCUUUCUGAAUCAUCAUUUAGACCCCGGAUCCUUAUGCAUCCUAUCAUCGGUUCCAGCCCGGCAUGCUGUCGGCAUUUGGCAGCUCUCUUCUAAAGAGGUAAUGAUCAGCUGAGAAGGCUGCAGGUAUUCACGAAAUGAGAAAACAUGACGCUUAUCGCACGCCCGAAACGGUCAUCCUAGGCAUUGGCCGCCUGUCAGAAGCGACGCACAAAGUACUUGUAAGCGAACAGUCUGACCACAGUUGCUGAUGCACCAAUGCCGUUUCUUCGACUCAUUGUUCCCCGAGGUGCAGGAUACUCUCGGAUGAUCCAGAGCAUCGGUUACAAGCGUCCAUGUCUGUUAGCCUCCCAACUGGUACGGGUAGCGACUUGCCGAAGAUUCUCGACCAAGAGCAUGUUGAUGAGCAAGCAUAAGGCUCCUGCUCGACAUCAUCAGUCCCGGACAACAUUUCACAAGCUUUGAACUUGCACAACCUUACUUACAGAACACCCCUUUAGGAAUUUUUUCUUUUGUAGAUCGUCAGCAAGAAUUCGAGUCUCUACAAGGCGACUGAUUAGAGGUAAGGAUGCUCUAAUAUGAUACCUCGCGGAGGCGAUUCACACACGAGCGAGCGCGCUUUCGACACUACGAUACCUCCUCAGAUUGGCUUGACUGCGCAUACCCAUGCAUCUUUUGAGUCUGCCAGCAGCAAUUUGACGCUCGUCUUCUGUGCUGUUGCCGUCACAACCCGGGCUCGGGCAGCCUUUGCAAUUCCCAGGUGACUCUCGACUCUUCACUCAGCAUCUGCAUAUCCCCUCAACUGCUCAUCCAACUACAUUGCACUUGAUAGACAAGAGCCUUGCUUGAUCCAAGCAAUGUCUGAUCAAAUGGCCCCACUUCCGUCUCGCCAUCCGCCUUUCUCCUACUGAAAGUACCCCCUUCUACCGGUUUAGGAUAAUGUGGGGUCAGACAGCUAUGAUCGUUGAGGACUAGUUCAGGUCACCCGGUAUGAGGAGGUACUCCAGUCGUGGGGCUUGAGAUAGGUCCGGUGUAAGCCUAUUUCUGUGCGCUUUACAUGACCUUCGAGGUCCGUCGUUGGUGAGCCCUUCCUGCCUGAGAAGCAGAUCGACAAACAAAGCCAUGGCUCUCGUCUCCGGCCUCUUUGGUGUCGGCGUUGUAUUUCUGGUGGCUUACAUUGCUUUCAUCCAGCGUAAGCGACCUCCUAAGGGAUUGCGCCUCGUCCCAGGGCCGAAAGGACUACCAGUGCUUGGCAACCUGCACCAACUCCAGCCUUAUCCGCAACGACGACUUCAGCAAUGGGCACGAGAAUACGGAGAAAUGUUCCAAAUCCGAAUGGGAUGGGAGAACUGGAUCUUCUUGAAUGACCCUGCCGCAGUCAAAGAACUUCUAGACAAACAAUCUGCCAACACAUCCGGUCGAGCACCUAUGCCAGUGGCAUCUGACAUCGUGUCAGGAGGCAAGCGGUUCCUGCUUAUGACCUACACUCCCGAAUGGCGAAAGUUACGGACCAUUGUGCACAAGCUGUUGACUCCUAAGAUGUCCGCAACCUUUAAGCCGAGUCAGGAACUUGAAGCGAAGCAGCUGAUCAACGACAUCUACGCCGACUCAUUGAGGAACGACCAAGAGAGCUUCUAUAUGCACUGCAGGAGGUAUUCUACUUCGGUAAUCAUGACAUCGACUUAUGGACGCAGGGUGCCGCAAUGGGACUGCGAAGAUGUGAGGGAGAUUUAUACUCUCAUGAACGAUUUCUCAGAGCAUGCGGCUCCGGGCGCGUAUCUGGCUGACCUCAUACCACCUAUGGCAAAGAUUCCUGUGUCAUUGCAAUGGUGGCGUGGGCGUGCCUUGAAGUGCUACUAUCGUCAGCUAAGAAUAUGGUGGAAGUACUGGACAACCCUGAAGCAGCAGAUAGCGGAGAAAACCGCCCCUGAAUGCUUCGUGAAGCAAUAUGUGGCGACAGAGUAUGAAAAAGAGGGUAUAGACGAGGAACAAUCGGCCUUUGUGGCAGGCUCAAUGAUAGAGGCAGGCUCUGAGACCACCAGUUCGGCACUGAACACUGCGAUCAAAUACCUCGCAGCAUUCCCAGAAGCGCAGGCACGCGCACAUGAAGAAAUCACGAGAAUCAUCGGAGACAGCCGGUCACCUAGCUUUGAUGACGAAGAAAGUCUUCCCUAUAUUCGCGCUAUGGUCAAGGAGGUGCUGAGGAUCCGACCUGUGACGAAUAUCGGCACACCCCAUUAUACCACGGCGGACGUCAUUUACAAGGACUAUUUCAUUCCCAAGAACACUGUACUGUCCAUAAAUCAAUACGCAAUCCAUUUCGACAAUCGAUACGAGGAUCCGGAGAGCUUCAAGCCCGAGAGAUACCUAGACCACCCGCUCAAAGCUGGAGCGUACAUUGCACAUCCAGAUCCAUAUGAAAGAGACCAUUUCGGGUUUGGAGCCGGUCGGAGGGGGUGUCCUGGUUUACAUUUGGCCGAGAACAGCUUGUUCAUCACGCUGGCCAAGAUACUAUGGGCUUUUGAGAUCAAGUCGCCUAUUGGAGGGGAUGGAAAGGAAGAGCCUGUGGAUGUUUCCGAUGCAGCUUAUGAAGACGGCGCGAAUACCGUACCAAGGAAGUACAAGGUGCGAUUUGUGGUGAGAAAUGCAGAGAGGGAGAAGGUCUUGAAGGAUGAAUGGGCGCGGGCUUCGGCAGCUCUUUCAGCUUGAUCAAAGAGGCUCCCGAAUCAUCUUUAGACUCUGCAUAUCAAAUUCUGAAGAUCCGCCGUAACGAAUAAGAAGUUGAAGUCGUCCGGUCAUACCGGGUGGAACCUGGCCAGCCAUGGUGGUCCAGCCAUACGACCACCUCCAGCGAGCGUCCAUCACGUCCUUUUGACAUCUUCCUCAAGACAUGUAUCUCGAUACUAUUCAGUUACUCAGCG